AUGCAUCGGUUAAACGAACAGUUACGAAAGUCAUUAUUAAAAUACCGAAUUGAAAUGGUAAAAGCAAAACAAGAAAAAGCUCGCCAGGAAAAAGAACCAUUAGCCGAUUUAAGGAACCUAGAAGAAAACCUAAGAAAGAAGAAUGACGAUAUAUUGUUUGAAAUGGAGCGUAAAAAAGGUGAAGUAAUUCAGCAAAAAGCCAGAAUCGAUGAAAUUAGGAAACAGUUGAACUCACAGGAUUUUUUAGAUGUCGAAACGAAAUUCAAGCAAGAAUUUAUUACAAAAUUUGUAACAGAAAAUGUUAUUAAGGAUCUCACUACAUAUAUUCACAUAGUAGAUGAAUCAAUUGUGCAAUAUCACGCAAAAAAAAUGGAAGAGAUAAACGAAAUACUCGGUACGCUUUGGGGAAAAGUUUAUAGAGGAAACGAUAUUGACCGCAUUCAAAUCAGAUCAGAAAGUGUGGAUGAAGGUGAAAAGAGAAAAUCCUACAAUUACCGCGUUGUUAUGUGUGUGGAAGGAAUGGAAUUCGAUAUGCCUGGAAGGUGCAGUGCUGGUCAAAAGAUGCUUGCAUCAAUUUUGAUUCGUAUAGCUCUUUCUGAUGUAUUUUGCGACAAAUGUUCAGUCAUUGCUCUGGACGAACCGACAGCAAAUCUGGACGUUUUUAAGGUCGAAAAUCUCGGUGAAAUUUUGGCAGAAAUAAUUGAGGCUCGUUGUAAUUAUACUGACAAAAAUUUCCAGCUGAUUGUCAUUACACAUGAUGAUCGAUUCGUUGAACAUCUUCGGCAGCUUUGUCGCCCUGAAUGGGUGUAUGCUAUAUCGAAAGAUUCAGCAGGUUUUAAUUAUCCAGUUUUUUCAAAUUUUUUCGGCAUUUGCAUUCGUUCAUUUCUAUAA